AUGCUGGCUGCCAGUCAGAAGGUCACCAGCGUACUGCCGGCAACUUCGCUGAAUGCUCAGAAGAUCGAUCGUCCUCUGCACCCCUACCUCGCUCAACAUACGAUCACUAUGUCGACUUCCCCGGAAAUCAUCGCAAUACCUCUACAAGCAUUCUUGCAUCCGAGCACAUUCCUUCGUACAGUUCAGCCAGGAUGCUGGGAAGACCCGAUCAGACACCCUUCAGGAUGGACGUAUCUCUAUUGUAACCGCUUCAAUGUUGUCUGUGAGGGCGGCGACGUAUAUUAUACCCCUCUCUUCAGAAUCUACCCCGGGAUACAGGACAUAAUCGCAAGGCGGCUGGGGAUAACGAACAACAGGUCCUUAGAGUUCUAUUUUCCUGACUCUCAUAACCCGUCCUCGCUUCUAAUCAUCGACCAUGAACACAAAGCUUUGGUUGACCCAAGACGGCGCCAUUCCGAUGGUUGGGCCACUGGAACAACGUACUCGACUUAUCUGCAAAGUCGUGAUUAUUGGAGGUACAUCGAAAGGCAUCCUGCACAUCACCCUCCAAAGCAAUUCCAGAAGAUCAUCGAAGAUGGAGUCCAGGAAGCGCUUGAUUAUCUGGCGUGGUGUUCUCAAGCCGCCGUUUUGCCAAGUGAUGCGCCACGUUCGACUUUUUCUCAAGCACAGUCAGAGGAAUUGGUCAAUCUUGUGGCUCGGGUUCGUGCUCGGCCCAAUUUCGAAAAGUGGAAGGACGAGGACGAGAAUAAGAGCGAGAGCAAAAGCGAGUUCGACAAUAGCGACAAAACAGAAAGAGAGGAGUGGGCGAGGGAGAGGGAGAGGAAGGAAGGGGAGAGGGAGAGGGAGAGGGAGAAAAGCGCGAGGGGGAAAGACAGGUGGAUAGAGGCAGUGCAGAAGAGUUGUGCGAGAACGAGGGACCCGGAGGGGGAAAGGGAGAGGUGGUGGGCGGUGGAGGUGCCGAGCAGUGAGCCCUCGGACUGGGAAAAUUGGCGGACCAUCCAGGAAGCGGAGAGGGAUAUGUGGGAGAAGAGGAAGGAGGAAGUGGAGAGCGAGCUGGAGGAAUUGAAGCGGCUGAGGGAGGAGAUGGACAGUGAAUGGAAACGCGAGGAGCGGGAGAAUGGAAAGGAAUUGUUGGAGUGGGAGUGGGAGUGGGAGGAACGAGAGAGAAGAAGGGAAAGGAAGGAGGAGGAACGGAAGAUCGAGGAACAGGAGACUGAGGAGACGGAAAAGAUGAGGCGCAGAUCAGAAUGGGAGAAGAAGGAGAAAAAGAAGAGAAAGUGGAUGGAGGAGUGGCUGGAGGAGCGGAAGAAGGAGCUCGAGAAACACAUAGCAAAGGAGCGAGAUCCUGUGUGUUCUUUCAGCCAUGCCGUGUCCGUUUCCGCCAUUGCAGCUGUCCUAGCGAACAAGUAUGACUUGUACAACGAAAAACAUUUUUGGGACAGUGACCGCAAGACAUUUUUCCAAGACCCGGCUAGCCAUGAUCGUAGCGCGGUCGUCAAGACGUUCGUCGAAAGCUAUUUCCUGGCGUGUAGCACCAUCCUUCUUUUCACCCCCCGACGAUACUUGAGCGCCCUCAAGCAAAUUAACAAGCUCUUCGUGACGGGGGACGAAUGGCGUAGUCAUCUUCAGAGAUUGACCAAAGAUUGGCAGUCCUUCACCCUGCUGGCGACUAUCAUGCUCGCGGCUUCUGUCUCGGUCCUGUCCGCUGAGGGCAUCGGUUCCACUACGUCAGCGGCAGCUUUGAUUUCUACUCUCUGCGCGUUGGGGAGUGUCCUGAGCGGGUUCUACUGUUUGGCGUAUUACCGAGCACAUGGUCUUACGUCGACUGACGGCGUCAAGGAUGCUGCAAUUGGUGAGCAGUAUGUGGACAACAUAUUCGGGCAGGGAAAGAGCCGCCCUCGCUAUGUCGCCAUCAUAUUGAGCCUGCCUGAAGCCUGCCUCCUAUGGUCUUUCAUCUCGUUCGGUGUUGCCGCCCUGUCAUACAAUCUAACAGGAGGAAGGUUCACGGUAGGCGUCGUAUUCGUAGUCACUGUAUUCAGUGUUGUCGCAUUGGCGACGGCAUUCGUCUUCGGUUUUAUGUGGUAUGUGUGGGGUGAGGGAUCCAUAGCGACCAGGAUAUAUUAUUUCCUCACCGUCCCUGUAACAUCUCGGGACGAGGAACCAGACGUGGAGGCUCGUGGCGAACAGUCGCGGGGUGUCCUUUCCUGGCUUCGUAGAACCGUCUUUCCCAGUCUUCCGUGGUUUAGAGGUACAUAA